AUGACGAAAAAGGACGAACAGGAUGAAAAAAGACCUAAAAGACGAAAAGGGCGAAGAAGGACGAAAAAGGACGAAGAAGGACAAAAUAGGACGAGAAGGACGAAAAGGACGAAAAAGGACGAAAAAGACGAGAAGGACAAUGAAAUGACAACCAAAAAAAUGAGAAGGACGAAACGGGCGAAGGAUAGGACGAAAAAGACGACAAGAAGGACGAAAGGGACGACCAGGACUAAAAGGAGGAAAAUUACGAAAAGGAAGAAAAGGACGAACAGAACGAAAAGGAUGAAAAGUACAAAAAGAACUAAAGAUACGAAAAAGACGGAACAGGACCAGAAGGGCGACCAAAAAGACAAAAAGGGCGAAAAGGACGAAAAGGACGACGAAAAGAAAGAAAAGAAUGGAAAGGAUGGAGAGGAUGAAAAGAACGAAGAGGACCACGAAAAGAACGAAAAGGAGGAAAAAGAUGAAAAGGACGAAAAUGACGAGAUUGCUGUUCUGAAGGACGAAAAAGACGAAAAGCACGAGAAGGACAAUAAAAAUGACGACCAGAAAGACAAAAAGGACGAAACGGACGACGGAAAGGACGAAAAAGACGACGAGAAUGACGAAAUGGACGAAAAGGACGAACAGGACGAUAAGGAAGAAAAGGACGCACAGAAGGAAAAGGAUGAAAAGGAGAAAAAGAACGAAAAGGACGAAAAAGACGGAACAGGACGAGAAGGACGACUAAAAACACAAAAAGGGCGAACAGGACGAACAGAACGUUUCGAUUCGCACAAAUCCACCGAGCGGCCAUACGAGGACGUUUUUUCUUGUAGAAUUGACAAGUCACGCUCCGACUCCUCGAGAAAAAUUGUUGGUCACCUCCGAGGAGAGGGCGAAUUGCGCAACCAGGGCACGUUGGCCUGCUGCAGGCGAACUCACUUCGCCCCAGAGCUUAAUCACGCCGGCUCGGAUUAUAAAACGGGCAUAAAAUUAGGGGAGUCGGGGCGGCGAAUUCAGGGCGCGAAUUAA